ACCAUCCUAUUCCUCCCAACCCAGAUACAUCGACACCAGUAAAAUUAUUAGUAUUUCAUUUGGGGAAGGCCGUUUCUAGCCUAUUUUCUGCUUUUCUUCAUCCUUUAUCAUUCAUUUAUCUCUCAUAAGUCUACUUAUAUAUAUAUAUUUCCUCUACACAUAAGAAAAACUCCAAAUCUCCAACAAUCAUUCUCUUAUCAGUCUACAUAUUUUAUUUGUGCUAUUCUUUUUAAGAGGUGAUUAUGGAUCAAGAAUGGUGGUUAGAUUUCCUCAAAGGAAUGUUGAAGCCAGUGGCAGCUUUGGCUGUUGUUUUGUUGGCAGUUGCGUUGUCUUAUUUUCAAAAGUUGGAAUUAGAAGGAGAGAUGAUUUACUCCAUAUUCAGAGCUUUUAUUCAGCUUUCUAUUAUUGGAUUUGUUCUUCAGUUUAUCUUUACUCAGAGCAACAUUUUGUGGAUUCUUCUUGCUUAUCUCUUCAUGGUAAGUGUGGCUGGAUACACAGCAGGGCAGCGUGCCAAGCACGUGCCGCGAGGGAUGUAUGUGGCGGGUGGUUCUAUCUUAGUUGGAACGGCAGUGACAAUGCUAAUGCUAGUUCUUCUAAAUGUCUUUCCUUUUACACCGAGAUAUAUUAUCCCAGUUGCAGGUAUGAUGGUUGGCAAUGCAAUGACUACUACUGGUGUAACCAUGAAGAGACUUCGAGAUGACAUCAAGGUUCAGAUGAAUUUGGUCGAGACAGCAUUAGCUCUUGGGGCUACUCCACGCCAAGCCACCGUUGAACAAGUGAAAAGAGCAUUGGUGAUUGCUCUUUCUCCAGUAAUGGACAAUGCUAAAACAGUUGGGUUAAUAUCUCUUCCAGGAGCAAUGACUGGUAUGAUAAUGGGAGGAGCAUCCCCUUUAGAAGCCAUCCAAUUACAAAUUGUAGUUAUGAACAUGUUAUUAGGAGCGUCAACUGUGAGUUGUAUUAUAUCGACAUACCUCUCUUGGCCUAAUUUUUUCACGAAAGCUUAUCAAUUGGAAACAUCAGUCUUCUCUUUCGAAUAAUCCCAAGUCUGCGGUUUCUAUGUUGAUGUAUUGUUUCAGAACCAUAAUCAUAUACUUCAAUAUGAGUUUCGGAAUGAAAGUUCUUAAUUUAAAGUA